AUGAGCGGCGCAAACGGCGAGCAAUCGCCUGCAGCCGGAGCUGCUGCACCGGCGGCCGUUGCGACAUCGGCCGUUGCCGGCUGGGUCGAGUACCGCAACGCUGAUGGACGUGUCUACUACCACAAUGCGGCGAUGGGCAAGACGCAAUGGACAAAGCCGGAGGAGAUGUUGACGCCAGUCGAGCGAGCCCUUCUAAAUCAGCCGUGGAAGGAGUACACGGCCGAGGGCGGUCGCAAGUACUGGUUCAACACCGAGACCCAGAAGAGCUCGUGGGAUAUGCCCGAAGCGUACAAAAAGGCACUCGGUCACGACUCAACUCCAGCAACUCCAGCCACCCCCGUGGCCAUCCCGACGGGACCAGCUGCCCAGCGCGACCGACGCGACUACCAGCGCGACUACCGCGAGAACAUACCCGAAUCCCGCCAGCUGGCUUAUGGCAACGGCCACGACGCACCGAGCGCCGCGGGCGCGCUCGUCCCGACCAACAGCGACAACCUGCCCGACUACCCCAACGCCGAAGAGGCCGAGGCCGCGUUCGUCAAGCUCCUGCGGCGCAGCGGUGUCCAGCCCGACUGGUCCUGGGAACAAACCCUGCGUGCCAUUGUGCGCGACCCACAGUACCGCGCCAUCCGCGACGCCAAGGCCCGUCGCGCCGCGUUCGACAAAUACUGCACAGAGGUCAUUGCCAACGACAAGGAGCGCGCCAAGGAGCGGCUCACCAAGCUACGUGCCGACUUCGCUACCAUGCUCAAGAGCCACCCGGAAAUCAAGCAUUCUACUCACUGGAGGACAGCGCGGCCCAUGAUCGAGGGCGAGACCAUCUUCCGCUCUACCAGCAGCGAGGCCGAGCGCCGCCAGCUGUUUGACGACUACGUUGACGAGCUGCGCCGCGCCCACCGCGAGCAGCGCACUGCCGCCCGCAAGACCGCCAUGGACGGGCUCGUCGAGCUGCUGCCCAAGCUCAACCUCGAGCCCUACACCCGCUGGGCUGACGCGCGCCCCAUCAUCGAGGCCACGCCGCCCUUUGUGAAUGACGAGAAGUACCAGUCUCUCAGCAAGUUUGAUGUCCUGACCGUGUUUCAAAACCACAUGAAGGCCCUCGAGCGGACCUUCAACGACGCCCGCCAGCAAGAAAAGACGGCCAAGCUGCGCCGCGAGCGCAAGAACCGCGAGGCCUUUGCCGCUCUGCUGGGCGACCUGGCCCGCGACGGCAAGAUCAAGGCUAGCAGCAAGUGGUCACAGAUCUUCCCGCUCGUUCAGCACGACCCGCGCUACCUUGCCCUCGUCGGCCAGAGCGCCGGCUCCACGCCCCAGGAGCUGUUCUGGGACCUCGUUGACGAGGAGCAGCGUGCCCUGCGCGGCACCCGCAACGACGUCGAGGACGUCAUCGACGACAAGCACUUUGAGGUCACGCCCAAGACGACGUUUGACUCCUUCCUUGAUGUGAUGAAAGACGAUCGCCGGACUGCUAACAUUGACCGAGAGGUUCUUGCACUAAUUUUCGAGCGACUGCAAGAAAGGAGAAAGGAGAAGCGAUCCGACGACGACCGCCUGCAACGCCGGGCGCUGGACGACUUCCGCGCCCUGUUAAAACGCGUGGAUCCGCCCCUCACGGCCACGGAUACCUACGACAAGGUGAAACCCCGUCUCCAGAAGAGUGAAGAAUAUUUGGCUGUCUCGUCCGAUGAGGCUCGUGAGGCCGCCUUUGACAAGUACGUGCGUCGCCUCCGUGACAGGGAUGAUGACGUCGGCGAGCGUGAUAAAGAACGGAUCAAGCAGCGUCGCGAUCGCCGAGAUCGCUCGGUAGACGACCGUGAGCGUGACCGGGACCGGGAGCGUGACCGGGAUCGGGACCGGGAUCGAGACCGACGUCACCGUGGUUCCCGUCUCGGUGGCCGCUCUCACUCACCCGAGGCCGACUCCUACGAGGCCGACCGUCGUCGCGCCAUGGCCGAGCGUGAACGCAACUACCGCAAAUCGAGCGUGGCUGCCGAGAGCCUUGACGGGCGGGACCGGGAACGCGACCGGUCGCGUGGUGACCGAGACAGAGACCGGGACCGGCGCGACAGAGACCGCGAUCGUGAUUAUAUCCGUGAUCGAGAGCGGGAUCGGGACCGGGACCGGGAUCGGCUGCGCGACCGUGAUCGGGAACGAGACCGGGACCGAGAGCGCGAUCGUGACAGAGAACGCGAACGCGAUCGCGAACGCGACCGGGACCGUGACCGGGAUCAUCUACGUGGCGACACAGAAAGCCACUACGAUCGCGAACGGCGGGAACGCGAGGAAGAGCGUGAGCGGCAGUACCGGCGUCGCCUCGCCGACCGGAAUCCUGCCGAGCUCAACUAUGGCGACGACAAGCCGCCUUCGGUCCGCCGUCGCACUAGGGAAGACGACGAUGCUGCCGACCGCCGCGACUCGCGCGACUCCAAGCGUCUGCGGCGCGACUCACCGCGCGAGCGGACACCUUUGACGCGGGCCAGCACUCCCGCAGCGCCCUCGUCUGCUCCGACCGCGGCAGCCGGCGACAACGGAAAGUCCAAAUUGACGACUGCAAAGGCCACAAAGCCGAAGUCGAAAAGCGCCGCCGCUGCCGCUGGCGCGCACGGAGAAGACAUGCACAGCGGCAGCGAGGAGGGCGAGAUUGAAGAAGACUAA